AUGUUCACUGUUCUUUCUGACGCCGCUGUCAAGGCCCUUUUCGACGCCUUUACUCCCGAGGAUGUGUCCUACAUGUCCGCCGUCCUCCGGGAGGCCUUUCGGGCCUACUCCCGCGACAACGAGGCCGAACACCAGCCCCACCGCGCCGCCGUCACUCGGCCUAACGGCCAAACGUCCCUCUUCAUGCCCGCCACCACCCCCGACGGGCUCUCCGUCAAGAUUGUUGGCGUACCUCCUCCCAGAUCUGCUGGCGCUGGUGCCAGCGGACCCCCGUCGGCCCUGCGCUGCGUGCUAACCAUCUGUGACGCCGAGGGCCGUGGCGUCGGCGUCAUUAAUGCCGAGGCCUUUACCGCCUUUCGCACGUCCCUCGGCUCGAUCCUGCUGUACCAACGCCGACGGAGAACAGCUCGCAUCGUUGCCUUUGGCGCCGGCAAGCAGGCGCUUUGGCAUUUGCGACUGGCGCUGCUGCUUCGGGGUGCUGAUAUUGAGAGCGUCGCCGUCGUCAACCGAUCGAAAGGUCGCGCAGAAGAGAUGAUCAUGCAGUUGAAGGAGAUGGGAGGAGGAACCCAAUAUGCUGAUCACGUUCAGUUCAUUGCCAUCGAAGCGGAUCCUGAAGCGACGGCAGAAGCGCCUGAACUGAAGGACGCGGUCGUUGGUGCCGACGUCAUAUUUUGUACAACGCCUUCCAAGGUCGAGCUCUUCCCUGCCGAGUGGCUCACUUCCGGAGAGGGCCGCGCGAAGAAGCGCUACAUUGCGGCCAUUGGAUCGUACAAGCUCGACAUGAAGGAAAUCCCGCCUGCGUUUCUGCGAGCCAUGACUGAGACGGAUCUGGGUGGGUUGCUCGUCGUCGACAGUCGCGAGGCUUGCUAUCUUGAGGCGGGCGAAAUUGUCGAGGCAGAGGUACCAGCUGAGAGGAUCAUGGAGAUAGGUCAGAUUGUACAUGUCCAGCAAGCGGGCGACCAGCGUAUAGUGGAGACGCUGUCACAAAAGCUGGAGGAUGGACUAGUCGUCUACAAGAGCGUUGGCGUCGGCAUCAUGGAUCUCGCUCUGGGCAAGGCCCUGCUCGAGCUGGCUGAGAAGCACGACGUGGGAGUCCAGGUCCCAGACUUCUAG